AUGCUCAUCUAAAGCUGUAGCAAAGAGUUAAACACAGGUGCAACGGUGCUUCGAAUAAGGUGCUUUCCACUGGCUAUGUGGCAAUGCUAGGGCUACCACAGGAGGGUGGGGAGCGGUCCUUAAGGGCCGCCCCGUACAAAACACUAGGUGGGCUCCCCUUCACGGGAGCCCAUUGGCGUCGACCGCGGCCCGGGACCGCUCGACCAAGGCUCGUUGGGCCAUCAGAUCCACAAGCGUCGCCUGUCCCGUUUGAGGAAGUUUUUGCCAAUUUCUAAAGCGCCUGCGGAAAGUUCACAAUGAUAUGGGCCGUGGUUCUGCUCACGUGGAUCAGCGCUGUUCUGUUGUCGCUCGUUCUGAUCCCUCGGAUACGAAAUCGCUCAUUGCCUCCUGGCGCAAAACUCCCACCUAUGCCACCGGCAAAGUCCAUAUGGGGUCACGUCGAGUUAAACGACCGAGGAUUCCAUCGCACGAAAGCUCUUGAGUGGGCCAAAACGUACGGACCAAUCUACAGGCUAAGACUAAAUUUUACGAGCGUGAUUGUGCUCAAUGAUGUGCGAAGCAUCAAGAGGAUUCUGAACAGAACCCAGGUGCUUAACCGGGCACACGGCGUUGUGCAUGGCAGUGACAAUUACUUGGGGUUUGCGCUGUUAAAUGGUCAUCUUUGGAAAGCACACAGAAAGUUCGUCAUGUCUACUUUGCACGAUAUCGGAUUUGCAACCAGCUCUACAGAGGAGAAAUUCAAGGUCCCAUUGCAGUGGUUGAUAAAACAAUUAGAGGAAACCAAUGGUCAGCCAACAUCAGUUCGCCAGUACAUCAUGCCCUGCGUGGUCGCCAACGUUGUCUCCUUGUUUUUCCCGCCGACACAGUACACCGCAGGCGGCACCCUACAGCGUAUGACGCAAGUCCUGGGCAAGCUGCCAGUUCCCUUAUUCAAUGGCCGACUGUUCGAGACGACACCAGCCCUGCUCAGGAACGUAUUGCAGCGCUUGCCGUUCACUAGAACUGGCAAAGCUUGUGCUGCUAUGCACGAAUAUACAGAUUUUAUUAGAAAACAAAUCGAGGACUACAAAUCUACGUGGGACCAGGAGCCAGUCAAGGACUUUAUUAAAUGCUGCACUGAAAGGACAGAAAGGGCGGAACUGGAGGGUGAUGAAACGUUCCACUAUAGAUUUCUCGUGGGAAAUGUGAAGGACCUAAUCAUGGGCGGCACAUUCAGUAGUACUGCUUUGAUUCACUGGCACCUGCUGAACUUCGCCGCGCGGCCAGACACUGUACAGGCUCGUGUUCAACAGGAGAUUGACGAAGUAGUUGGUACUGAGAGGGCGCCCACAUGGGAAGACCGCCAACGGAUGCCAUACACCCUAGCGUGCAUCUGGGAGCUGAUCCGGUGGAAGACGCCGUCGCCACUGGGAGUGGCGAGAGUAACAAGCGACGAUCUCGUGGCGGAAGGUGUGUUCAUUCCGAAGGAUACCGUGAUAGUCUUCAACAUGUGGGCCGUUCACAACGAUACCUCCUAUUGGAAGGAUCCAUACUGCUUCAAUCCCUGCAGAUUUCUGAACAAGGACGGUUCUAUCGUGUCCCAGAAACCACCGCACUGGAUGCCAUUUUCUGUCGGACGGAGAUCAUGCCCUGGAGAAGUCUUCGCCACACUUGAGAUUUUUCUGCUUCUUACGCUCGUGCUGCAAAAGUUUCGCGUGCUUCUCGAAACGCCACUGCCAUACGAUUUGGACGAUCCCCGUAUUAUUAUGCGGGACGUUAUGAACUUGAAGCUCCGGUUCAUUCCGCGUCGCCCUUAGAAGACUUAAUGCUUUCGAUGACGGCCUUUUCGAACACUCUUGAAUAAAACUAGAGGACAAGGAAGCUGUAAAUUACGGCAAUGAGAGACUGCGGUAACAAACAAUAUCACCAUAUUUCCUUUCGCUGGCACUUGAGUUUGCGAUGUUCGCAAAAUUUUUCUAGGUGGCGGACUGCAUCGUAU